AUGCUGUUUAUAGGCAGAACCAUCAACGGCUUUGCAUUAGGAUGGGGUCUUGGUCUGGCUCCUACCUACAUCAUGGAGAUGUGUCUGCCUCACCAGAAAGGAACAGCCGCCAUGGCCAGCACGAUAGCCCAAAGUGCAGCAUUAGUUGUAUGUCACGUGUGUGGGUUCGAAGAGUUGCUUGGCAACCGAGAGCGUUGGCUCUAUCUGAUUGGUUUGCCCUUGAUAUUGCUGUGUCUGCAGUUGAUUCUUCUACCACUGUGCCCACAGAAUCCCAGAUAUCUGCUAAUGAAACGGAACGACGAGCCAGGGGCUAUCAGAGGUGAUACGCUGCUACUGUUUCUACUGUUACAUUACUGA